UUUCAGUCAAAAAAACUAUUUUUUCAACUGUUCAUUUAAUAUUGUAUAUUGGCAAUGCAUAGUUUUUCAUCGAGUCUCCUUCGUUCUCAUUUCCCACUUCACAAUCUCAAAGCAGAGGUUCACAGCAGAAGAAAGGACGCAUUUUGAACUUACAUCAAUGGUCUUCUCGGCUAGCUUAAACCUUCAACCCGUGUUUUCUGUGGUACCCAGGUCGUCGCUAUGCAUCCGAAACCAAUUUUGUCGGACUUUCCCUCAAGGAUUCGGAAAAUUCCAACGAAAUUGGAGCUCAAUAUCAACGAGACCCCACUUCAUAACAAAAUCUUUGAUGUCUGAAAGGUUUCCGAAAGUGGGUGCCCAAUCAACUGGACCCAUUGAUCCUGCUGAGCUCAUUGAAGUGGUCAAAUCAGCUGCUCAGACUGGUGCUGAGGUUGUGAUGGAUGCUGUCAAUAAGCCACGGAAUAUUACGUAUAAAGGAUUAACUGACUUGGUGACCGAGACAGAUAAAACGAGUGAAGCUGCCAUAUUGCAAGUGGUGAAAAAGCAUUUUAAAGAUCAUCUUAUUCUUGGAGAAGAGGGUGGAGUUAUAGGAGAUUCAGCGUCUGAUUAUCUCUGGUGCAUUGAUCCUUUAGAUGGGACAACAAACUUUGCACACGGCUAUCCUAGCUUUGCAGUGUCUGUUGGAGUUCUCUAUCGAGGGAAUCCUGCAGCUGCUGCUGUGGUUGAGUUUGUAGGAGGUCCUAUGUGUUGGAAUACCCGCACUUUCUCUGCAGCUGCUGGUGGGGGAGCAUUCUGCAACGGACAAAGGAUCCACGUUAGUACAAAUGAUCAGGUGGAGCGAUCUCUUCUGGUUACAGGAUUUGGGUAUGACCACGAUGAUGCAUGGUCUACAAACAUAGAAUUAUUCAAAGAAUUUACUGAUGUCAGCAGGGGAGUUAGGCGACUUGGUGCUGCUGCAGUGGAUAUGUGUCAUGUAGCUUUAGGGAUUGUAGAAGCAUACUGGGAAUAUCGUCUAAAGCCCUGGGACAUGGCUGCUGGCGUGUUGAUGGUUGAAGAAGCUGGUGGGAGAGUUACUCGGAUGGACGGUGGACAAUUUUGCGUAUUCGAUAGAUCUGUUUUGGUUUCCAAUGGUGUGAUCCAUACAAAGCUGCUGGAGAAAAUUGGACCUGCCACAGAGAAAUUAAUAAGCAAAGGGAUUGAUUUUUCAUUGUGGUAUAAACCUGAUGGAUACAGAGCAGAUGUUUAAAGCACCGACAAAUUGCUUUUUCCUAUGGAGACGCCGCCACAAUUUGAGCAUCAAUCGAAUAAAAGCCAUAGAUCAUUUUUCUUUUCUUUUUCUUGUUUCUUUCAUAUCUACGAACCUUCCAGCAUUUUUGUAAAAUUAAUAAUUACUAGUAUGCCUGAAUAAACAUACUUCUGCUCCAAAAGCAAAUAUUUGUGAGAUGUACUGACAUUUGAGUUUCAUAAAAUUUCUGCACAGAUGCAUUGAA